UGCAGACAUGAAGGUGCUCGUUGCCGCCGCUCUCCUGGCUGUUGCCGCCGCCGCUCCCUCCAACAGCUACGCCCCGAAGCAGGCGUACUCUCAUGGCCCGAGCUACCACCAGCCGUCCUACAAGGAGCCGGACCACUACGACACGCCCUACCAGUUUGAUUACGCUGUACACGACCACUACUCCGGUGCCGUCUUCUCUCAGAACGAGAAUAGCGACACCAAAAAUGUCAACGGCUACUACUCGGUCAACCUGCCCGACGGCCGUACCCAGCACGUCAAGUACUUCGCUGACCACGACGGCUACGGAGGCUACAACGCCGAGGUGACCUACUCUGGAGAGCCCCACUACGAGGAGCACAAGCCUAGCUACCACCCGGCCCCGGCCUACAAGCCCGCUCGUUCUUAUGCCCCUGCGCCGGUCUACAAGACCAAGUACUAA